AUGCCGCCCGAGAGCUACGAGCUCCGGGGCAAGUACUCCAAACUCGACCGCCCCUCCGACUCUCCCCCCUCCCGCGCCUCCCUCGAUGCCUCCUUCUCCUCCUCCGAGGAAGACCUCUCCGAAUUCGACCCCCUAAACUACGACAGCGGGACCCUCAAGCGCAAGAAACCAAAACGACCGCACGGCGAAUCUCCCAAAGCAAAUCAUGCCUCCUCCGCACAAACACGCCGCUCAGCCCUCCGCCGCUACCUCGUCCCCACCCGCCUCUGCUGUUACCUCCUCCUCCUCUUCGUCGCCGCCGUCGUGCUCCUCCUCUCCGUCGGCGGCAUCUGGGCGUAUCGCAUCGCGCCUAGGGACGGGGACUCGCCCUCCACUUACCCUUCCCCUCCGGGGGGCACCGACGCCGCCUGGGAGGCCGCGUACGCCAAAGCCGCGGCGCUGGUACGCCAGAUGACGCUCCCGGAGAAGGUAAACAUCACGACCGGCACGGGCUGGACGAUGGGGAUGUGUGUCGGGAACACGGGACCGGUGGCACGGCUCGGGUUUCCGAGUCUGUGCCUGCAGGAUGGCCCGCUGGGAUUGAGGUUCGCGGAUAACGCGACUGCGUGGCCCGCGGGUAUUACCGUCGGCGCGAGCUGGAACAAGGAGCUCAUGUAUCUUCGCGGCAAGUCGCAUGGGCGGGAAGCGCGGAUGAAGGGCAUCAACGUCAUUCUCGGGCCGUCGAUGGGGCCGUUGGGGCGGUCGCCAUAUGGAGGCCGCAACUGGGAGGGCUUCGGCGCCGAUCCCGUUCUCCAGGGCGUUGGGGCCGCGCAGACGAUCCGGGGGAUCCAAGAGGAAGGCGUCAUGGCGACGGCAAAGCACUGGGUCGGCAACGAGCAGGAGCAUUUCCGGCAGGCGUUUGAGUGGGGGACGCCGAAUGCGAUAUCGAGCAACAUCGGGGACAGGGCGUUACAUGAGCUUUACGCGUGGCCGUUUGCGGAGGCCGUCAGAGCAGGCGUCGCGAGCGUGAUGUGCGCGUAUAAUCAGGUGAAUAAUAGCUAUGCGUGCCAGAAUAGCAAGCUGUUGAAUGGCGUGCUGAAGGAUGAGCUGGGGUUUCAGGGAUUUGUGCAGAGCGAUUGGCUUGCGCAACGGAGUGGGGUCGCGAGUGCGCUCGCGGGACUUGACAUGAGUAUGCCGGGGGAUGGGCUCAGGUGGAUGGAUGGGAAGAGUCUUUGGGGUGGGGAGCUGACGAGGGCGGUGCUGAAUGGGAGUGUGCCGGUGGAGCGCAUCAACGAUAUGGCGACGAGGAUUGUGGCCGCAUGGUAUCAGCUGGGACAGGAUGAUAGGGAGAAAUGGCCUCUGCCGCCGCCUGAAGGAGAUGGGGGGCCGAACUUCUCGAGCUGGACGAACGAGGAGGUUGGAUUGCUCCAUCCGGGCAGCGACGACAAGACGACGGGCGUGGUGAACAAGUUCGUGAACGUGCAGGGCAAAGGAGAAGAGGCUCAUGGGAAGCUGGCACGCAAGAUCGCUGCAGAAGGCAUUGUGCUGGUCAAAAACGAGGAUAAUACCCUCCCCCUUUCCCGCAACGGCUGGAAGAACGACACCGAGAGACCAGAUAACAGCAAGAAAUACCGCAUCGCCAUCUUCGGCGAAGACGCGCGCGUCAACCAGAACGGCCCCAACCACUGCGCCGACAAGGGCUGCAACGUCGGCACGCUCACCAUGGGCUGGGGCUCCGGCGCCGUCGAGCUGCCCUACCUGAUCUCGCCGGUCGACGCUCUGCAACGCGAGUUCAAUAGCUCCUCCGUCGAGCUCACCAUCUCCGCCACGCAGAAGAUCACGCCCUCGCACGAGGCCGAGCUCCUGCACGACCAAGACCUCUGCCUCGUCUUCCUGAACGCCGACUCGGGCGAGGGCUUCAUCAACGCAGACGGCAUCCGCGGCGACCGCAACGACCUGUACACCGCAAAGGGCGGCGACGACCUCGCUAUCCAAGUCGGGACCUCCUGCGGCGGCGGCACCGGGCGCACCAUCAUCGUGAUCCACGCCGUCGGCCCCGUGAUCCUCGAGAACUACAUCGACCUGCCGACCGUCAGCGCCGUGCUCCUCGCGCACCUCCCCGGGCAGGAAUCCGGCAACGCCCUCUCCGACGUCCUCUUCGGCGACGUCGACGCCAGCGGCCGCCUCCCCUACACCAUCGCCAAGAAACCCGAGGACUACGGCCCCGCGGCGAAGAUACUGUACUACCCGAACGGGGUCGUCCCGCAGCAGAACUUCAGCGAGGGGCUCUACAUCGACUACCGCCACUUCGACAAGCAGGACAUCGGGCCGCGGUACCCCUUCGGCCACGGGCUGAGCUACACGCGCUUCCAUCUCAGCAGCCUGGUUUUGCAGACCAAGUCGCUUGUGCGGACGCCGCUGCCGAAGCCAAGGCCGGACGCUGACGCACUUCCGAAGCCGCCGGGGUAUGAUACCACGGUCCCGGAUCCCGCGACCGCGUUGUUUCCGGACGGUUUUAGGAGGCUGAAGAAGUAUAUUUACCCCUAUCUCACAUCUCUGUCCUCGAUAAAGAAGGGCAGCUAUCCCUAUCCCCCAGGCUACACCACCGUCCAGGACCCGGCCGCGCGUUCACCAGCUGGCGCCGGGCCGGGCGGGAAUCCCGACCUCUACGCCACGAUAGCGACCGUAAGAUGCCAGCUUACGAACCUGGGCGUCCGCCCGGGGGCUGCGGUCGUGCAGCUCUAUGUCUCGUAUCCUGCCAACUACACCAACUCGGACACGGGCGAGGCGGUUGACUUCCCGGUCCGUGUGCUGAGGGGGUUCGAGAAGGUGGAGGUAAAGCCGGGAGGCGGGGAUGGGGUGGAUAAAGUUAGUGGCAAGGGGGGAAGGGAGAGGAAGAGCGUGGAGUUUAAACUCACGAGGAAGGAUCUGAGUUAUUGGGAUGUGGGGCGGCAGAAUUGGGUCUUGCCGGAAGGGGAGUUUGAGGUCGCGGUGGGAUGGAGUAGUCGGGAUUUGGUACUUUUUGGGAAGAUAUAG